AUGGGACUGCUGACGAUCAUACGGAAGAAUAGGCAGAAGGAGAAGGAGAUGCGCGUGCUCUUCCUAGGGCUGGACAACGCGGGCAAGACGACCAUCCUCAAGAAGUUGAAUGGGGAAGACAUCAUGAGCGUGUCUCCGACGCUUGGAUUCAACAUCAAGACGUUUGUGCACAACAACUACACGCUAAACGUAUGGGACGUCGGCGGCCAACGCACGCUCCGACCUUACUGGAGGAACUACUUCGAGCAGACCGAUGCGCUGGUGUGGGUCGUGGACUCCGGCGACCGGCUGAGGAUGCAGGACUGUAAGGAAGAACUGCAUGGCCUGUUACUCGAAGACAGGCUUGCCGGCGCAUCACUCCUCGUCUUUGCGAACAAACAGGACAUCGAAGGGUCGAUGCACGAUAACGAGAUCGCCGCCGCGCUCGACCUACACUCGAUCCGCUCGCACGAAUGGAAGAUCGUCGGCUGCAGCGCCGUGAGCGGACACAACCUCGUCACUGGGCUCGAUUGGGUCGUAAACAAUGUUGCGAGCAGGUUGUACUAUAGUACUGUGAGCGGGCCUGGGGCCGCGAGUGGUACGACGAUAGGCGGUAGUACGGGAAUGACGGCGGUCGGUGCUUGA